GGGACCUCGAUGACGUAAGAGGAACGACCGGAAGUUUACAAUAACAGAGCGAUCUAAUGCUCGUCGUCAUUUUUUAUUCAAUUUUCACCCUAAAAUUAAACGCAGCGCAAAUAUGGUCUGCGAGAAGUGUGAAAAGAAGCUCGGAAAGGUGAUCACUCCUGACACCUGGAAGGAUGGAGCUCGGAAUACAACAGAGAGUGGAGGGCGUAAGCUAAAUGAAAACAAAAUGUUGACAUCUAGGAAAGCCAGAUUUGACCCUUACAGCAAGACAGGCUUUGCUAUCUGCAGAAUCUGCAAGAGCUCAGUUCAUCAGGCUGGAUCACAUUACUGCCAGGGCUGCGCCUACAAGAAAGGAAUCUGCGCAAUGUGUGGAAAGAAAGUUUUGGAAACCAAGAACUACAAGCAGACAUCUGUGUGACAGCGUGCUGCUCAGAGAGCAGCACUGAGUGAAAUACAGACUGUGAAAGAGAGAGAUGUGGACUUGGCUUGCCUCUUAUUAAAUAUCAUCAUAUAAUACUUCUGAAACUAACCCGGUUAUCAUACACAGGCAAGCAGUGUUGUCUCCAUAUGCACCCUCAGCUGUUUCUAAAGUCACUGCUUUAAGGCAUUUUCCAGAUUUUAAUUAAAGUUUAAGACUCUUUGCGUUUUAGCAUGUUGAUUUCUGUAUCAAUAAAUGUUGAAUGUGUGUGAAUUAAAGCUCCCAGUGUGAGGAGAUUUGACUGGGUCAUUUUCUGCAUCUCUGCCUGCAGGCACAAGCAAGCAUAAUUUUAGCCUCUUACGCACAUAUAUAUAUUUCGUUUGAAUGUAAUAAUUAGUUUACCCUGACAUAAUCAUAUUUAGAAUCUGUCUGCUCACCGUCAGCUGUGACCCCCCCCCUCCCAGCUUCCAAUCUGCUGUCAGAGAGGAGGGUUAUAGUUCACAGGCUUCUCUGACGACAGCCUCCCCCUUUGAUAUUUAAAGGGCUUGCUCUGCCUCAGGCCUUAAAUCACUGUGUCCACUGGAUUUUUACAAAGUCUUUAUCUAAAAAGCCUUCUGUCGGGCAUUGAUGCAUUAUAUCAAUCUUUCCUAUUGUAGGAAAUGUACUGUAGUGUACAGAGUUUAAAUGGUUGGAUGUAGGAAGUGGAACUGAAUCCAGGACAGUUGAGCAGAGCAAGCUGCUGUGAUCCACAGUCAGGGAGGUACUUUAGUUUAGAGGGCAGAAGCUGGUUAUAUAAUUCUGGUUUCUUUUAGCUUCUGUGUCCUAUCGCUGCAGCUUCAGCCUGUUAGU